AAAUGCUUUCCUCACACUGCAGACUUCCGUGAAUUACUAUCAAACCCACAAUGGCAUCUGGCUUAACGAAAGAUUCAUCCAUCCUCGUCGUCGGCGGAGGAGCCUGGGGCUGCUCGACUGCGCUCCAUUUGGCUCGUCGGGGAUAUCAGAAUGUCACCGUUCUGGACGCAUAUCCCAUCCCAUCGGCGAUUUCUGCGGGGAACGACGUGAACAAGAUGGUUGAACAAGGAUCGUUCAGUGAGGGAGAUGAUGAAGCCGUAGUAGCCAAUGCGCUACUGGCAGCUGCCAUGGAGGGCUGGAACAAUGACCCCGUCUUCACUCCCUAUUACCACAACACAGGCUACAUUGUCGCGGCCUCAACACCCGAGGCUCUACAUACGCUCGAAACCCGGGAGAUUCGUCAUCACGUUGGUCGAUUUACACCACUUAAUACGGCAGAAGAUUUCCGCACGACCAUGCCAUCUGGGGUGCUUACUGGCGACUUCAAGGACUGGCGCGGGUUCUACAUGAAGAGCGGUGCCGGAUGGGUUCAUGCGCGGAAGGCGAUGGUGUCUGCAUUUGAAGAAGCUUCCCGUCUCGGCGUCAAAUUCAUUGCUGGCAACCCCUCCGGUAAGGUGAUCAAACUGCUGUAUUCUGAUUCGGAUGUGGUGGGUGCAAAGACUGCGGAUGGGCUAGAGCAUCGAGCCGAUCGAACAAUCGUUGCAGCUGGAGCGUCGGCAGCACAGUUACUUGACUUUGAAAAUCAGCUUCGUGCGACUGCGUGGACUCUGGCUCAUAUCCCCAUGACCAAGGAGGAGGCCCAGCUGUACAAGAACCUCCCUGUCCUUUUCAACAUCGAAAAGGGAUUCCUCAUGGAACCCGACGAGGACUACCACGAGCUGAAGAUUUGUGACGAGCACCCGGGGUACUGCAACUGGGUUUCCUCCUCUUCAUCACAGCUGCCGCAGUCCGUUGCAUUGCACAAAGACCAGAUCCCAGCGCCGUCUGCGGAACGGAUCCGAGCGCUUCUGCGGGAAACAGUGCCACACUUGGCAGAGAGGCCAUUCUCCAAGGCACGCGUCUGCUGGUGUGUCGACACGCCAAAUCGCGCCUUCCUUAUCACUUACCACCCAUCCUACAAGUCCCUUCUACUGGCUUCCGGGGACUCUGGCCAUGGCUUCAUGCAUAUCCCUUCCAUUGGAGGAUUCAUCGUGGAUUGUCUGGAGGAUAAAUUGGAGGAGAAGUUUAAGAAGUCAUGGAGAUGGAGACCGGAGAUGGCCAAGACAUUCUGGGGGGAUCAGACGCUGGGACGCUUUGGGGCAGGAAAUAAGAUGCUGGAUCUGAAGGAGACGGAGACUGUGGGUUGGACGAACGUGCAUAAGAGAGAGACAGCGGCCAAUCUAUAGCCAUGGACUAAGAAAUGUGAAUAGUACCAAAAACAGUGCUUCUAGGAAUAUGGAAUCCGGGCCAAAUGGAAGUCCUGCAUAGAUUAUCCGUACUUUAUGUGAUUAGCAGCAGAUAGAUCUUAGACAGACUCUUCCUUCAUUCUUGCCAAACUCUAUCAAUCCCCACGUGGGUGGAAAUGUGCGUAGGUCGUUUCAAAACGCGCAUCCUUUCAGCGUGAUAUUACAAGCAAGUAAGUCCAUAUCACACCCAAGACUACCGCAAUGAAGUGUCGCCACCUCCUGAAUGCUCCUACGAUGGCUGCUAUCGCCGGAUUGCUGGCAACGUUGACCCUUCAGUCAGUGGCAGGCAUCAUUCCGAUCAUAUCACCGCUAGCGAGGUUUUCGCUGUCUCUUCUAUAUCGAGAUAUGUAUAUGUCCUUAUAACCAAUAUAUCCCAGCGCUAGAUGCGUCCUUCAUACCCCAGUCAAAUACCAGGUAGACAAUGCAUCAACUACCGCAUCUGCUCCCAGACAUGUUACCUCCAGAGCGAUUUGCAAUAAUAGCCCUUUCUGGAAAACUUGCGGCGUUAGGUACCGGCAAUGGACUGAGGCGUUUGGUGUUGAAUAUAAUACAUUGAUUAAUGUCCAGCAUCAUCUAGGCACAAGCCUUGACGUUGAAUGCUCUCCAAAUUUCCUCCUUGUUGGCCAUAAAUUUAUAAAUUCUCCUCGACCUCCCGAACAACCUUCCGUACUCCUUCCACCUCAUGCGCAAACCUGCCCAAGAACAUCCCAUCCACAGCCUUUCCCAGACCACCCUUACCCCACAAACCCGGCCCGGCACUGCCGCCAUAGAGAACCCGCACAUCACCCUCGCGUUUCCCAAUGACAGCCCUAAUCCCGUCCACGACAGCAGCGACAUGAUCCACACUGGCAGGCGCAGGCUUCCCAAUAGCCCACACAGGCUCAUACGCGAAUAUGACCGGUGCACUCUCCGGAAUAGCACGCAACACAGCCUUAACCUGCACCUCACACUCACUAACUGCCUUCCCGACAGCCUCCGACACCACCGGACCCGGCGCCGUAACCUCCCCAACACAGACCAGUGGAAUCAUACCAUGCGCACAGGCAGCGGCAGCUUUCCGACCCGUCUGCUCAUCCGUUUCCCCAAAGAUAGCACGACGCUCAGCAUGGCCCAAUUCCACUAUCGAAACACCGAUCUCCCGUAGCGCAAGCGGUGAUACCUCCCCUGUAUACGCGCCAAGAUCUUCCCAGAAACAGUCCUGUGCACCGACUAGAAAUGCAGGCGGCGGAGGCUUGUUAUCUGUAGAAGAGGAUGGUCUUGCAGGCUCCGGUAGUUGCUGCUUGGAGAAGUGGUCUCGGACGAUCUCCGCGCAGGGGUAGACGGUGAGAAAGUCCGGGAUCAAUGCAAGGAGGACCUUGGAUCGAUUCUCUGGACGGAUUAUGUCGUUUUGGGGGUUGAGGAGGGCAUGGAGGUAGUUGAGCGUUCGGGAUGGGGUGAAGUAAAUCUUCAGGGAAAUGAUGAGGAGAUUUGGGGGAAGAGUGGGGAAUUGGACGUUUUGACUGGGAGCCAUGUUGGUGAUCUUUCUUUUGUUCUGUCGGUUCUGACAGUAGUCGCGAGGUGCUCAUAAA